AUGACAGUCUCACACAAUCAUUCUACGAAGAUAUCCCAACAACCAAUCUCCUCGGUAUCAGCAUUUAAGUUCUUCGGAAAGAAGCUGUUAAGUUCAAGCCAUGGGAACAAGUUGAAGAAAAAGGCGUCUCUACCUCCAGACUUCCACUCUACAAGUACUAAUGACAGCGAAUCCUCCAGCCCAAAACUGCCGAAUUCGUUGAAAACCUCUCGCCGUGCAAACUCUUUCGCUCACACAACCAACAGCAAGAGAUCUUUAUCUUCCGCCUCAACCAAGAUCCUACCUCCGGCCGGCUCCAGCACGUCCAUCUCAAGAGGAAACAGACAUUCGUCCACUUCGCGUAAUCUCUCAAACUCCAAGUUCAGUAGCGAACGAUUAGUGUACAAUCCAUACGGCGUCUCAACCCCAAGCACGUCACUCUCGUCCGUCUCUACCUCCAUGAAGAAAGACCCUGAUCUGGGCUUCUACCUUCACGAUGGGGAUUCCAAAAUCCGCAUGCUGCCGAUCCCAAUUGUGGACCCAAACGAGUAUCUGCCCGACGAGAUGAAGGAGGCAAGCAUCCAGUUGAGCGAUAACUUCGUCUUUGAUGAUGAGAAUAAGACCAUCGGAUGGGGCGGUUCGUGCGAAGUGCGCAAGAUCCGCUCCAAGUACCGCAAGAAGGACGUAUUUGCUCUAAAGAAGCUCAAUAUGAUCUAUAAUGAAACGCCCGAGAAAUUCUACAAGCGCUGCUCAAAGGAGUUUAUCAUCGCAAAGCAGCUAAGUCAUCAUGUUCACAUCACAAAUACUUUCCUUCUAGUCAAGGUGCCCACCACCGUCUACACCACUCGCGGGUGGGGGUUCGUCAUGGAGCUAGGUCUACGAGAUUUGUUCGCGAUGAUACAAAAAUCGGGCUGGCGCAGCGUGGCCCUAGCAGAAAAGUUUUGUAUAUUCAAACAGGUGGCGUGUGGUGUCAAGUUUUGCCACGAUCAGGGCAUCGCCCACCGUGAUUUGAAACCGGAAAAUGUACUGCUAUCCCCGGACGGCGUGUGCAAGCUGACAGAUUUUGGUAUCUCAGACUGGUACCACACGGAUCCACACGACCUGUCCAGCCCUGUCAAGAAGUGCGCAGGGAUGAUCGGCUCGCCGCCGUAUGCUCCCCCGGAGGUCAUGUUCUACGACUCCAAGAAGCACUACGAUACGGAAUUGCAACAGCCGUAUGACCCACGCGCUCUAGACUGUUAUGGCCUGGGUAUUAUCCUCAUGACCCUCGUCAACAACGUCAUUCCAUUUUUGGAAUCCUGCAGCUUCGACACUGGUUUCCGCGAUUACUGUGACGCUUAUGAAAACUUUAUCCGUCUUCACGAUCGCGCAUUCCGCAAUCGCGGCAAUUACCGCCCGGGGCCGGGAAUGGAGUAUCACUUGGCUAGAAAUUUCAAGAACGGACAUGCAUCUCGCGUGGCAUGGCGGCUCGCUGACCCAGAAGCCGCCACCCGCUACACCAUCGACGACCUCUUCGAAGACCCAUGGUUCCAAGGAAUUGAGACUUGUGUUGAUGCCAACGACAAAUAUGUGUGUAAGAAACCUAUUAUCAAAACCACUACGUACGAGAAUCCGCGGGGUUUCCAUAUCGCUACAGAUGUUGCUGCAACCACACCCACCUCAAACCCAUUCCUUAAGAACCGAGUCCCCAUCAGGUCAAUGGUAGAUAUAGCCGCCCAUCCUUCCCCAACGGCCACGGUUUUAGCGUCGUCGCCUCCGCCGCCUCCUCCGGCGACUCAUGUGCCAGCCGAGGCCUUAUUUACACUUAGGGAAACCCCGCCGCCCCAGCUAGCAACCCUCACGCUUAGCGAAGAACCUCCCGCAACUCCCGCACCUUCCGCACCUUCCGCACCUUCCGCUCGCGUCCGUGGCCACUCCCCGCACAGGGUAGUGCAUCACCAUCUGAACAUUGUCAACAGCUUGGUCCAUAGUUCUAGCGCGGCGUCUUCUCAAGUUCCGGCUUCGACCUAG